ACAUCUCGUUAUGCUAUUACAUUUACUGACUUGGUUAAAGUGACCUUAGCCAGCCCUGAAUGUGUACAUGUAUUGUUCUUGCAAAAAGAAAUGACGCGAAACAAAAUGCAAAUCACGGUCACUUUUGCGUAAAAGAUGUUCACCGCUCACAUUUCCCUUUCUUAUUUCCCCUUAACUGUACUGUAGACUACGCAUGUCUUCUGGCGCUUCUGCGAUUGGCCAAGCGAUGACACUACUACGCAUUUGAUUGGGCAGCAGGUGACAGCUGCGUCUGUAUCAUUUCGUUACGGCGGAUGUGUUCGACAACAGGAAAGCAAGCUGCACUUGCAGACGGACAGAGAAGAUGCACUUUAGUUUAGCUGGAUUUUUUGUAAACCUUCGCAGAUAACGUCGCCAUUAUGAAGAGCGUAAUGUUUCUGAGUGUGGUUUUAAUGACUUCGGUCUCCGAAGCGGCUAAAAAAGGUGACGACGAAGAAUGGGUGCAUCUGCCAAAUAAAUGCGAAGUGUGUAAGUUUGUGAGCAUUGAAAUGAAGUCUGCGUUUGAUGAGACUGGAAAAACCAAGGAGGUCAUCGAUACCAAUUACCGCUUCCUCGAUUCGAAGGGGUCGCCGCCAAUCAAAUAUGUUAAAUCGGACAUCCGCUUCAUCGAGGUGGUGGAGAACGUAUGCCAGAGGCUCAUGGAGUAUAACUUGCACAAAGAGAGGACGGGCAGCAACCGCUUUGCGAAGGGCAUGUCGGAGACCUUCUCCACUCUGCACGGCCUGGUCAAUAAAGGGGUGAAGGUGGUGAUGGACAUCCCCUAUGAGCUGUGGAACGAGACGUCCGCUGAGGUCGCUGACCUUAAGAAGCAGUGUGACGUGAUGGUGGAGCAGUACGAGGAGGUGAUCGAGGACUGGUACAAAGGCCACCAGGAGGAAGAUCUGACCACCUACCUGUGCGAGAAACAUGUUCUGAAAGGCCAGGACACAGCCUGCCUGAACGAGAAGUGGGCGGGCAGGAAGGGAGACGCGGCGGCCAUCGGCGAGGAGAAGAAGAAGAAGAAGGGGAAGAAGGGAAAGGGCAAGGAGGGCGAGGGCGCCGGCCAAGAGACGCCGAGCAAAAAGAAAGACAAGAAAACGAAGAAGAAGAAAAAGGCCAAGAAGGUGGUGGUGGUGGAGGAGGCGGCGGCGGCCGCCCGCAGGGAGAGGAAGGACGGCGACGGACACACAACGGAGGAGGACGUUCAGAAGAGAGCCCCGUUGCACACUGAGAAGACCGAGCUCUGAGCGUGGGAGGAGCUUACUGCCGGCUCUGCCCCUCCCCCACUCGAUAGGCCACACCCACACUUCAGUCAUUGCCCCUCCCACUGCUCCUCCCCCUUCAUGUUCCGUCUGUCUCUCAGGCUGUGUCCCACUUUGCGUACUACUUACAAGCGCACACAGUAGUAUAUGCUACUGAGGAUACUAGCGAGUAUGCGGAUGAUUCGAUUUUUGCACCGUGACCUUACUGCGUAUAUGUAUGUGUUUGCCCCUCUAGCCUGUAAUAUGGCACGUUCCUUGUUGAGGAUAGUUAUACAACUUUCAGUGAAUUUUAAAAAGGGACCGUCAGUAUUAUUGGUCAAGUGUGAAGGGGGGGUUGGGGGUUGGGGGGGGGGGACUUGUUGCUUUGUUAUGUUUUUACAAAAUUUUCACGACGACCGCUUUCUUCUUUAUUGUGAUUUUAAUGAGGAGUGCUAAAUGGCGUGCUUCUUACACCUAGCCUGUCUCUGAGCCCCUGCUGCAGGUCUUCGUUUGCCCGGAUGUGAAGGCUCGUGCGCAGGCUCGUGUGCUACGCUCGUUCCACGUCAUUGACUUUUGGAAUAGCACUCGAUAGGUCAGCUGUGCACUUCCAUACUUCUGCGGCUUCUGGGUAGUAUGCAGACUGUAGAGCUCAGCCCUACAUUAGCGCUCUCUCUCUCUCUCUCUCUCUCUCUCUCUGUGAAACCAACGGGCGUCGGACUUGUUUCACUCUGGACCAGUGUGUGUGUGUGUGUGUGUGUGUGUGUGUGUGUGUGUAUUUUCUUUCGUUGCAACGUCUGCUUUAAAUUAGCUUAUUAACCUAAACCUUUUCUCAGUAACCAUUUUUUGUUUAAAAAAAAAA